GAUUUAAUAGGCAUAUUCUCACCUUUGUUUACAUACGUGUGUGCUCACCAGAGACAGAUGAGUGUGAACUGGCGAACAUGUGUGUGUGUUUGAAUGGGAGCCAGGAAAAGGGGAAGGGCUUCGAGUGAGCGAACAAAAACAGCUGCCUCUUGUGUGCUCGGAAAACCUCAUCCAGAGAGAGGGAGAGAGAAGAGACGGACCAGCAGGGUCCAGGCCUCUAUAUGGGUUGCGCCUUGAGUGGGGAUAGCUGUGGGGACGAGCCAGAUCCAGUACCGGUGAGAGGGUCUUUAAGGAGGGAAAGAGCAAAAUCCAGGGGAAACAUGAGGCUGACCAAGACGGGGAAGGGUGAGCCACACGUCUUCAAAGAAAAGGCCUUCAAAAAGAAGCGCCAAUGUGGAGUGUGCAGGCAGAGCGUGGAGAACCUGGGCUCUUUUUGUCGAGUCUGCAAAACAGCCACCCAUAAGAAAUGCGAAGCCAAGAUCAACACGGCCUGCAUCCCAGCGCAGCCCUCCGAGCUGCGAAGGGGAACGUCCUCCUCUAGACACAUUCAGCAUCUGGGCUCAACCAAGUCUCUGACCUACACCAAACAGAGGAACACUCUCCCGAGGAGCUUCAGUGUGGAUCGGGUGAUGGACAGAGUGAUGGAGAGGCACUACGAUUUUGACCUCACAUACAUCACAGAGAGGAUCAUCUCGGUCUUCUUUCCUCCUCUGCUGGAAGAACAGCGUUACCGCCUCAACCUCAGAGAGGUGGCAGCCAUGCUCAAGUCCAAACACCAGGACAAGUUUCUGUUAUUAAAUCUGUCUGAGCGAAGGCAUGACAUCACCCGCUUAAACCCAAAGGUUCAUGACUUCGGCUGGCCAGAUAUGCACUCUCCUCCGCUGGAUAAGAUCUGUGCCAUGUGCAAAUCCAUGGAGAACUGGCUGAACUCUGACCCCCAGCAUGUGGUCGUUCUGCACUGUAAGGGCAACAAAGGAAAGACCGGUGUAAUCAUCGCUGCCUAUAUGCAUUACAGCAAGAUAUCAGCGGGGGCAGAUCAGGCGCUCAGCACAUUGGCAAUGAGGAAGUUUUGUGAAGAUAAAGUGUCAUCCUCUCUCCAGCCCUCUCAGAAUAGGUAUAUCCAGUAUUUCGGAGGGCUGCUCUCAGGGUCCAUCAAAAUGAACAGCAGUCCUCUCUUCCUCCACCAGGUCCUCAUUCCUACCAUCCCCAACUUCCAGGAAGAUGAUGGUUUCUUCCCUUUCCUGAAGAUCUAUCAGUCCAUGCAGCUUGUCUACACUUCUGGCAUAUAUGAUCUGCAGGGCUCUGCGAGCAGACGGCUGAUCAUUACUAUUGAGCCUGCACUGCUCCUGAAAGGAGACAUCAUGGUAAAGUGCUAUCACAGGCGAGUGGAGUCUGCUGAGAGAGACUCUGUGUUUCGACUGCAGUUUCAUACAUGCACCGUUCAUGCAGCUCAGCUCUGGUUUGGAAAAGGGGAACUGGAUGAAGCUUGUUCAGAUGACAAAUUUCCCCCUGAUGCCAUUGUGGAGUUUGUGUUUUCAUCUGGGCCUGAGAAAAUUAAAGGGAGAGUGAGCCAAAGGAAUGAUCCAGCUGUCAGUGUGGACUAUAACACAAAUGAUCCAGUGGUGCGCUGGGACUCAUAUGAGAACUUCAAUCAGAGGCAUCAGGACAGCCUAGAGGAUAUUGCUCACACACGUGGCCCUGUAGAUGGCAGCUUGUAUGCGCAGGUUAAAAAGCGCCGUGCUGCUGCUGGCUCCUCCUCCCUUCCAUCGACCAAUGGAAGCCCUGCAAGGAGCUCUGAGGAAAGACCAAGUCAGCUUUUGUCUGUUAGCACUGAUUCCGGACACUCAUCUGUUCCUCCUGAUCGACUCGAUGAACCAACUCGACCAGCCCCGCCUACUCAGCAAGAGAGGGAGGAGCUUGAGCGGCUAUUGGGUGGGAUUGAAGGUGAUGGACUGAGAGACCGUGACCGGGAGACAGCUAUUUUGGAUGAUGGUGAUUCCUUGCCUCCUGAAAGAACUGGGUCACUGAGAUUAGGCCGUUCAUGUUCUUGUCGGGUGGGUUACCGAUCUCAGCGAUGUGCUGAGCCUGGAUGUGAUGGAUUUCACCAUUUAUCCAAUGGCCAUUGCCUUGAUCGGCCCACCACCACUAAUGGACACACAGGGGCUCUGUCUCCAGGUAUGUCAUCUGUUAUAGGACUUUGCCAACAUCACAGCACCCAUCCUCACCAAUCCCUUCCUCCUCCAGACCUGCUCUGGGACCGCCAGCAAGGUCCACAGCACUACCUACAUCGCACUUGUUCAGAGGGACCAUCACGCCACCUGUAUCCAUAUCCAUCCCAAGAGAUCAGUUCUCAUCCACACAGUCUGUCCCCCCGACUGCUCUGUAGGCCGGAUGAGUACAUUUCAUACCCUCACCAUCACCACAAUCAUCCACACCACCCCAAACCCAGUGGCCCCUACCAUGAUGUCAUGAUGAUAGAUGGCCUAGUGACACCCGGCUGCCCCUGUCGAGACUGCGCUCUACGACGAGAAGAGUUCCACACUCUCCGUAUGGACAGAGAGGAGGGAAUACACUGGGAGAGAGAGGCAGAGCUUCACCGGGAUAAUGGGUUAAGACGGGGGAGAGAUGCUGACAUACAGAGAGGGGCAGAGAUAUGGGACCGGGAGGCAGGGCUAAGGAGAGGAAGAGAAAUGUCUCUUCACUGGGACAGAGACAGAGAUGCGGAACUACAGUGGGAGAGAGAACGUGAGGCUGAAUACUGGCACAGAAGGGCUACUGUAUCCCCAUACGGGCCCCACGGUCAUGAAUUACCUGCGUUUAAUUUUGAUCCACUCCCAGCAGGCCAUCCUGCAUACCCAGAACCCUCCCGGUCCCACUCUCAUACCCAUCUGGAUCUUAAAUACAGUAGCAGCUCCAGUGGAUACCAGACACCACACCAGACGUGCCCCUGCUCCCCCUACCAGCCUUCACCCUCAGAGAGUCGAGGAUAUGCCUCAGGUUACCAGUCUGAGUCUACGUCUCCUCUUCCACCUCCAUCUGCCUCCUGCCCCGGACCAGUGCACCAUGUCAGUGGACCUACAGAAAACCAAACAGAGCCCCAUUCUCAGCAUUACACCUCUGACUCAAAUGCAGAUUGCCCUGGUGCAGAUAGCAUAGGAUGGCGUAAUCAUAUUACCCAUGGAUCCCUGCGGCGGAUACAUCGAGAUCCACAUGCUCCAUGUUCAACACCCUCUGAUAUUUCAGGACCUCCAACACCAGUCCACACAAGCAGCCCUUUGCGAACCCAGGAAAGUCCAAGCCUAAGUGUCCGUGACUAUGACUCAAGAGAGGGGAACAGUGAAAUCAGUUCUGCUCACUCCCUCAACAGGCCGCAUCCAGCUACCAUACAGCCCAACAUGACCAAUGCAGGAUCUCGGCAAACUGUACUAACCUCCAGUCAAGAGACUCCUGAGAUAAACCCCCUUCCUUCCACACCCACCACUGCCCAACAUCUUUCAUCUCAUUCCCUUCCUACAACACCUCCAACCCCACAAAUUUCAACAGAACACUCACCCCCCUUAACGCCCCCAUCAGAAUCCACCCAACCACAGGCAAAUUGCUCGCCUACUGCUGCUACAAUGCUGCCCACAGUGGAAAUGGUGCCACAAUCAACUGAGACUAUUAAACCAGCACAUUCCCCACAUCCCUCCUCUCCAGUCCUGGCUGAGACCAUUCCAGCUCACACACAAAGCAAUGGAGUACCACCAUCUCCUGAACCAGAUGCCCCUAAACCUGCUUCUUCAGCCCCUGCAUCCCCUCAGCCACCUGCUGGUGACCACGAGAGCUCUUCUUCCCCUGAACCUUCAGUGCCUGGAUUUGCCACACUGGGCAGGAAGUUAAUGUUGGGCUCUGAAACCUCACUUUCUGCAGGACACAGUAUGGAUGCCAGCUCUAAUUCUACUCCCACUUUCCCAGUCUCUCCUGCCUGCUGUACUCCGUCUCCUCCACCAGGCUCCUACCCAGGGUGCCCAGCAUCCUCCGUCCCACAGCCUCCACUCCCAGAGAAACGCCGCCCAUCUGGCCUCCCAGGCUCACCCAAUGGGAGGUCUGGAACACUGAGGGCAUCCAUGAGUCAUCAGCCCUCUGGGCAGCACCAUGUUACAUUCUCACCCUCAGUAGGAGACCUGGCCGUACCCAUUGGUCAGGUUGAAGUUGGUGUGGAGGGUGAGAUAGGCAACCGUGUCAGUGUGAAAUUUGUGCAGGACAGCUCACGAUUUUGGUAUAAACCUGGCAUCUCCAGAGAGCAAGCUAUAGCAGCACUGAAGGAAAGGGAGCCAGGGGCCUUCCUCAUCCGAGACAGUAACUCUUUCCAGGGGGCCUAUGGUCUGGCCCUGAAAGUUGCCAGCCCACCCCCCAACGUCAAUAAUCAUAGCAGCAAAGGAGACCCUCUGGAACAGCUGGUUCGACACUUUCUGAUUGAGACGGGGCCGCGAGGGGUGAAGAUCAAGGGCUGUCAGAACGAGCCCUACUUUGGGAGUCUUUCAGCACUGGUGUAUCAGCAUUCCAUUACACCCAUCUCUCUGCCCUGUGCCCUCCGCAUCCCAGAGAAAGACCCAAUAGGUGAUGUCGUGGAGGUUCAGCCGAUCAGUAACAUGAGCACAGCCGCAGACCUCCUGAAACAGGGGGCAGCCUGUAACGUGCUGUACCUGAACUCAGUGGAGACCGAGUCCCUGACGGGGCCACAGGCCAUCGCUAAAGCUACAGGGGCCACUUUGUCCCGCAAUCCUCGGCCCUCGGCCACAGUGGUCCACUUUAAGGUGUCUGCGCAGGGCAUCACACUGACGGACAGCCAGCGCAGGGUGUUCUUCAGGAGACAUUAUCCCAUCAACAGUGUGACUUACAGCAGCAUCGACCCACAAGACAGGAGGUGGACUAACUCAGACAGCACGACUACUAAAGUUUUCGGGUUUGUGGCCAAGAAGCCGGGCAGUGUGGCAGAGAAUGUGUGCCAUCUUUUCGCAGAGCUGGACCCUGAACAGCCCGCGACAGCCAUCGUCAACUUCAUCAACAAAGUGAUGCUGGCACCGCAGCGGCGCUAGAGAGCCACAGGACUGGUCGUCUUCACAUACACUGACAUGUUUAAAGUCCACACGAGGCAGAAGUUACGACAGUGUUUAAUAACGUGUUAUAUAAGCGAAAGAAACGACGAGAAAGUGUAGGCCGCGGCAUUUCAUUUUGAGAAUUGAUUGAAUGGUCGUGUUAUGCUAUUAGUCCAUCUCGUUUGAGUGACAGGUUGUCCCACCCUCACGUCAGUCAUCGUCAUCAUGUUGAGGGUGAAGUUAGGUGCGGUUUUAACGUUUAAUCUAUAAACCACACUACUAUCUGCUUUCAUGCUAACAGUAUUUAUUUGUAACGACUCGUGUAUUUUUUCCAUUAAGUAGCCUAAUAACAUUUAUUCAUUAGCUACAAGUGGUUCUUCUUUUGAAACUAGUACAUUUUAAACCGUUGUACUUAUUAGUUAUUCUUAUUCAUUAGAUAAUUUACAUUUAGCGACUUACAGUUUAGAUACCAAUACUUAUUGAUUAGAUAGGAAUUGAUAUAUAUUGUAUACUAGUCAGCGUAACUAGUAAGUAAUUGUUGGUAGAAAAAUAAAUUAUUUUUUGCCACUGAAUUCUGAGUCAUUAAAAUAUCAACUAUUUACUUUUGACUAGUAUUGUAGUUAUUCAUUGGGUACUAGUAUAUUGACCAGCUAUUGGAACAUAUUCAAUAAAUACUAGUUCUUAUUCGAAAUGUUACUAGUAAUAAUUGUUUUACCAGUAACAUUUUAACUCUAAAGUGGUCAUCCUAUAUGAAUAAUUACAAAAGAUACUAGUGCUGUUAGGUGCUAGUAAGUCAUGAUCAAUAAAUAAAUACUAGCGUAUAAUACGAGAAUAUGAAAAUGUACUAGUAUUCCUCAAGAGUAAGUUUUACUAUCAAAAGAAUAAGCAUUAGUUGCUAAUGAAUGAGAACAUGCACUUAAUGGAAACGAUAGUAGUAUCUACAAAUCAAGUUCUAGUUGCAUGAAUAUAUAUUAGUAUGUUACAUAGAUUAAAUGUUAAUGCGAUUUAAUAAUUUGGAUGGCACAUGAAUACAAAUAUAUGUACAGGUCAUUUAUAUUGCUGAAAUGCUCCAUAAAAAACAAGAACAGAAGAUGUUGACCCCAUGAGGACUUACACAGGAGCGUUUCUGCAGAAAUAAGGGCUUUACGGUAAACUAACAUGAUACCAAAACACAUUAAAACCAAACUAGACAGAAUGUAACCAAACUAAACACAACAGACUGAUGGGGUUUUGCCUUCUUAGAGCUGUUUUGUCGUUGGUGGGAUUGUAAAAGACUUUAUGACAAAAUCACAAAGAUUGUUAAAUAUAUUUAAGGUGUUUUUAAAACUAUAAUGGGAUGGUUCUCCUAAAAAUGACAAUUUGCUUUUAGUUUACUCACCCUUAGUUCAUCCAAGAUGUACAUAAGUAACUUUAUUAAAACAUUUAAAGACUUUUUUUUUUUGCUGAAAAUGUGGUCUUUGAUAAUUAAUAAACUACAAAAACUGUUUAUAUGCACAAUUUGAAGUAUUGCAUGUGGCAAAUUUAAAAUAAAAAUCCAUUAAUUUAACUUUGCUUGAUGUGAUUUUGAAUUUGUACGAAAAGUGUUAAUGCAAAUUACUAGGUUACCAUUAUUACAGACAGUCACGGUAAUGCUGGGUUCACCAAAUGCCAAUUUAAGUAUUAGCGUACGUAAUUACAUAAGAGUCAAUGUAAAUUCAUGAUAUUACAUUUUGUAAUUUUGUCGCAGUGCAAGUAGCCAAUUGCAGUCAUGCAUUUAAUGUGGUCAAGGGAUCAAAACCAUGUGAAUUGAUGUCUGAGAUCAUGUGUCAAAUACGUUGUUUGCGCAUAUUUUACAUGUAAAAUACAUGUUUAAGCAUAUUUUACAAGUACAACACAUUUGUGCGAUAAUUUUAUUGUCAAA